AGCUUCGUAGUUAGGUUGAACUUUUUGUCUUCCAUGGCAGCACAACAGCGUCCUCCCUCAACUCAACAACCCUUAACAAUCAAAAUUUUUCCCGCGAAAACAAGUACUAACUGGUUUUUGUUUCGCAGUUUUCCCUUUUGUAAGAUAAGGAACAACAACAGUAAAGCACAAGCACCAACCGCUAAGAAGUAGGAGCGAGAAAAAUUUCUGCUACAAGAAGAAGAAGAUCGGAGAAGUGUAAGUUGUACGAAAGGGUGUGAAAGUAUAGGAAAUAUAAAACCGUUGUCUCGACGAGUAAAAUUCUCCGCUGUACCAACGUACUAGUAGGAACAAGAUAAACACUGAAUUCCCUCGCAGCAAGAUCAGAAAGGAGAAGGAAAAAUGGGUUCGGAGUGGUUCGAGUGUGUGUGCCAGUUCUUCCGGGCGCAGUCCGAGAACCUGGCCGGCGUGCUGCAGGGUCUGGGCAACCAGGACACAAUUUCCGACCUCGGGCCCAGCGACACACUAGCCGUCCCGCAGUCGCCAAACAUGAUCACCGCCAGCCCGAUGCACCUCUUCAUGCUUUUUCUCGCCAUGAUCUGGGCCUGGAUGUACCUGCAGUCAGCAAACGGGCAGAGGGUAAGAGAAUAGGACUUACGUACAUUUUUUGCAGCUGGAUAUUGUCUUGUGUUAUGCGCGAAAAGUUUUCCUAUUGAUUUCCUUAGAAAUUAUAUAUGCAUAUCGUCUGCCCAUCACAUGAAAAAAAUUCUGAUCACAGGCAAACGAAAAACCCGCACCAGCAGCAGGCGGGGGCGAGAACAACGAAGGGGGUAACGGCGGUGGUGCCGGGAUGGCGCAGUGAAGUUUGUCUACGACGCAGUGAGGUUUAGUGUUUCUACAACACAAAAAGAAAUACCCGAUUAUGUACUGGAAUUUGAAAACCAGAAUGUCGAUAUCCUCGAUGCGGCAUUUUGGGAGCUCAUUCUACUUCCACAGGUCUUGUUUAGUACACCAGGUUGUGAUAUGGAACCUCCGAUGAACAAGCGACAGCUUCACUCUUGUUACCCCAAAAAGUACAGUGUUGUAUCCAUUUGUAGAGUUGCGACGGCCUUGCUACUGAAGAAGGUACUUAUCCCGGCAAAGAAUCCCGAUGCAAACGCUCCACCCGAAUAGAUUGUUUUCUUUUUGAACUCUCUGCGUCUUUUUACGCCCCCUUUUUGACUGUCUUGCUUUUUCAUUUUCUAGAGCUGGUUUCUAUCAGGUUCGUCUUUCAUUUUUUGUGAAGUCUGGUGAAAUGUUGCUAAGAAAGAUCUGCUGACAAAAAGCAGCUUUAUUAUCCUUAUUCUUUGCUAUUGAACUACUAAGUACGCGGCGCACGGACCAGCUGCUAUAAAAAUGGUAAGAGAAAAUGCACCGUGGCAGAAAAUGCAACUGCUAGCGUCAAAUAAAUGCCCCGAGGAAAUGAAUGUACUUGCAACACGCGACGGCGGUGUCCAAUGAUUCUUUUUGUAUCACCAACCGCUCCGAGUACGUUGUCGUGUGAACUGCUGAGCACAUAGCCAAGGACGAGCUAAAAUUUUCCUCAAUUUUUCAACAGCAGGAGACGAAAUAACAAGGCUUUUCGAUAGUACAAGCUAUUAUCCUAUACGAAAAUUUUCCGCGGCGGCCAACCUUACCACUACUUGAUAUCCAGCACCUGCACUAGCACAGAACGUGCGUACGAAAAGACCUGCUACUUCCUCUUUGCCGACACUGACCUUCUUCGAUGUUUCGCAUCUCCACCACGAAAAUACUAACUAGACUUAUGCACCGUGACCUGUCAGCAGCAACGAUGUUGCUGUAAUAGAAUCGCAAAGGUCUAGCUGUUUCCCUGAAAUAAAGAAGUACGGCUGAGAUUUUUGCUUUUCUGUAGGGGUAUGGGAGAAGUAGGAAACAACUCGCGAGACGAAAUCGAAAGCCAAUUUUAUAUUGGAGAACAAGACAUGAUACUGAUAGUGAUACAAGGUAUUGCCGCCUGUUGGCGCUCUGCUAAGACCAGAGAACCAAGGGGGGCUAAGGUAACGGUUGAAAUAUUAGCCAGAAAUUGGUUAUCGAUAUCAAGUAGCAACUACUAAGAGCUGAAGUCUUUUGGUUUUGCUCAUGCAUCAAUACAUGAGCAGUCGAGUCGAACGAACUGCGCAGAGCUUUUUGCCGGACGAGCAGAGUGUUUGAUGGAACAAAAGCAGCGAUAAAGGCAUCUUCACGACUCUUGAGAUGAGCUGUAUCAAACCCCUAGAAUCAGAAUCUACUCCUCUUUUGUUUUUGACGACUAAGUAGAACUGUACUUUUACUAGUACCACGACAGUCUCUAUCUUUCUCAGAACUCUUUGAUUUUUUAUCCAAGCUUGUUAUCUUAUCUGCUAUCGAACAAUAAGAAACCCAACAGGAAACCCAAUCGUGUUAUCUUGUCUGUAUGAACCGAGAACUCGAGUUUAUUGUACUUAUGCCCCAGCAAAGCG